GGUGCUUGGUUUUAUACACCUGUGGCCACGGAAGUGAUUGGAACACCUGAAUUCAGUGAUUUGGAUGGCCAGUUUUCCCGAAGAACCCUCUGGGACUAGGACAAUUAAAAAAAUAAAAUGAUGUUGCUGUUGGUGAUUACACAUUAUCAACACCAGGUGGCGGAAAUGAAUCAUGACUGUAGUAAAGUAGUACAAGUAAUUCGAAGAAGUAAACAAAGCGGGAAGCCGCGAACAGCUGCGGUUCUGAUUCUGAAGAAUGGCCACCAAGAAGAUUACAGCUGUUCGGAAACUACAUAAAGCUGAAGAUUCCUCCGAUUCUGUUUCUGGAAAUGAUACCAGCUGUGGAAACAGUGGCGCAAGAAAGAAGACUAAAGCAUCUGGAACAAUAGUGAAGUCUCGUUAUAUGCAGACUGAAAAGAAGUCGGUUUCAAAGAGCAACACACAGAAUGAGUCAGUCCUUGGUCCACCCAGGCCUUCAUCACCCAAAGUGGGCAGCACCCAAAAAACCAGAAUUGGCACUCCACCAAGACGAACUUUAUCUAGUCAGUCUGAUCGGAACUCAACCUUUAUGCCCAGCAUUUUAGACUCUUCAAGUCUGGGUGGAAAUAUCUUGCAGUCAACAGUACUGGAUGGUCACUGCAUGUGUCCAGACUUUGAUCUUUCAGUUAUUAAAGAAAAUGCAGCACCAACAGCACAACAAAGUACAGUUGACACUAAAGCUCAGAAAAGGAACUUGGAGUUGGAGACCUUCUUGCUGGCUUUUCUUACAGCUAAGAUUGAAAACAGUACACAGAAACUUAAGCAAGAGGCAGAAGCGAAUCUUCUUACAAUAAUGGAGGAAGAAGAAAAGGUGCGCUCAAAAGUCAUCAGCAAGAAACGUCAGUGCCUCCUGCUCGAAAAGCAGAAACAACUUGAUGAUCUACUCACCCUGCAGAUUGCUGCAUUAAUGCCUGUAGCUGCGACUGCAAAGCAUUUCGCAGACGAGUACAAGACAUUUGCAACAGCCAUAGACACGACUCGGCAUGAGCUACCUGUAAAGAACCUGCACAUAGAAGAGGACAGAGGGAAGUUUUUGGAUAAAGCAGUAGCAUGUCUAAGUCAGAGUCAGCUUGCACUGGAGCAGUACAUCAAGAAUGUUUCAGCAGGCACUGAUGGCACCGCAGAGUGUUUAAAGGAGAUCAAAAACACUGCACAUGAGAUUGACCAGCAGCUGCUCAGUACAUCUUCAGAUCUGAUGGAGCUUUCUUCACUAGUAAGUCAAGAGACAGUCCUGGCCCAGCAGUGUUUGGAGGAAGAUAAAAUCGGACAUGACACAGCACAACGUUUAUUUCUAGACUGAUUUGGAUUUUUUUUUGUACAUAGGAUAAGGAUAAGGAAAAGUAGUAAAACAUUAAAAAUGA